GCAAGGCGACAGCCCAUCACACACACUGGCAUGCAAAUAAUCCCAGCCGCUGUACCUGGGCGCUUUAACCCACCUGCCGCUUUCAUCCCUCCUUUGUUAAUCAUUAUUUGCAUGCGAAACCAGCAAACGCGUUUCCUGAUGAGUUGAGCUGAACUUCAGUUCCAUGAGCACUAUGAGUUUCUUUGGGAAGUUGAAGAGCCUUGGACCCCCAGCUCCACCCAAAAGGAUUGAUAACAGCCCUGCUUAUGACUGGCCGGAAAAUGAGUUUGAUGAGGAUGACUGCGAUACCUAUGAGGCCCCCCCGUGUGAGCGACCUGUCAUGACGGUGACCCGAAGGCCGGUGGAGACCAAUGUUUACAUAGGUAAUGAGAGAUCCUCCGCUGUUGUUCCACCAAGACAGGCCCCACCCCCCCAUCCAGCUAAGACGACGCCUAUCGGCAAAGUCCCGAAACCGGAGCCACGCAGGGAUUUCGAUGAAAUGCAUGUCCAAAGUGCCAGAAAACCACCUCAAGUGAAUCGCAAGGAGAAGCCUGGAACGAAGAUCCCCCCAGCACGGGCUGCCCCAGUCCCUGUCCCAGUACCCCAGUGUGAGGAAGAUUUGUACUUGGACCCAAAUGAAGGACAGGAGGAUAGCGACGACCUUUAUUUAGAGCCUCAUGGAGCUUGUCCCUCAAGUUCCCCAAAUACUCGGACCCCUAUGUGGAUGCCCACCUCUCCCAAAACCACAUCCUAUGAAGCUCAAGCUCCCAUAAUGAAGCCGCCAGUGCCCACCACCAAGGCUAAUGCAGCCAUGCCAAGUAACGUGUCCCAUCCAGUUCCAGUUCUGCCUCCUGCCCAUGAAGUCAGGCCCCCCCAACCAAAGCGCCCCCCUCGCAUCCCAGGCCUGAAACCCCCCAUUCCAUCCCCCCAGAAGGAAGCAAAAUCCAGCAUGUCGUACAGCCCCCCACCUCAGGCAGCCAUGGAGUGCCACACGGCAGUUAAAGGUAGCCCAACUGCUGUGAGGCCCCCCCCCAUAUCAGGGAUAGAGGCGUCACGUCUACUGGACAUGGAGUGGUUUGCUGGGAACUGUGACCGCAAGGAGGCUGAGGAAGUGCUGCACACGGUUAACAAGGAUGGAGCCUUCCUGGUACGCCGCAGCUCAGCGCAAAGCGCGCGGCAGCCUUACACACUGGUGGUGCUGUACCACGAGAAAGUCUACAACAUCCCUGUACGCUUCCUGGAGGAGACACAGAGCUAUGCCCUAGGCAAAGACGGCAAGAAGUCUGAGGAGUUUUUUGGAAGCCUUAUGGAUAUCAUCUCUCACCACAAGAAUAACCCCAUCGUCCUGAUCGACAGCAAAAGCCAGACGUCUCAAACCACAUAUCUCAGCCAUGCUGUCCGUCCAUGACACAAGUGGCUCCUUAUUUCCACACAAACACCACUGAUGCUGUUUCAUUAAUGACAUCUAUCAUGCAUUGAACAUCAAUACUCUUAUAAUUUAAAUAGACUCUGAAACUUGGAGGGCUGGAUGUCUGUCUUUAUACAUUAGCACAAUGCCCUUUCACAGCAUAAAUAACCAUUUACGUACUGACAGAGUACAGCCUUCGGUACGCCCUCAGAUGGCCAUAUAAUUCCAGCAGCUAUACAUUUAUACAUAACUUUAGUGUCCAGUGUACUUUUAUAUUUGGGAGGGGAAAAAAAUAAAAAAAAUCUUUAGCACAAUUUUAAUAGCUUUAUAGACUAUAUUGAGUAUGACGGUGUUUAAAUAAGUAAAACGUGAUCACAGCCAAUUUUUCCUCACAUUUAUAUAAUGGUUUAGACAGGGCAUGUAAUAACUGACAUGAAUAAGCAUGGAUUUUAUUAUCAUUUAUAUAUAAAUUAAUAUGAUGAUACUUUUUUGGACUUUAUCAUUUUGUGAAAUGCUUUUCAUGUCCUUCUGGAAGUAUGUGCCAUGGGCCCCUUUGGUCUUCAUGCUCUCUCACCACUUUUGUACGUGCAGGUCCCCUUUUGUGAAAUGUUAGCAUUGUUGGUGCAGAGCUGCGGUCUGUUCCAACAGCCCUGCAUUUGUAUAAUUUGAGUUGCGGUUGUAUCCACAGCAUGGGGUCUGUUCUGUUUUCAUUUGAAAGUACCUGAUUUAAAUGAAAGUUUCAUCUAGAUCAUAACUUUUGACACUGAUAGUGGCAAAUAGCCUUUAGAUAAACAUAACCUUUCUAAAUACACAGCAUUUUGAUUAGAUGUGAAUAUUUAACUUAUCUAUGAUUUGAUUAUGAAUUAUAAAUUACGAACUUAUUAAUAUAGCUGAAAACUUCAAGGCUCACCAUUCCAUCAGUAUAGAAAACUGUCCCAUUUUAUGGGCAGAAUGAAUUACAAGAGUGUUUUACAUCGGCGAGUGUCUAUGUGGAAUUCUCUCUGCAGUACACGAAUAUUCAUUUGUAAUUAGUGGCUCACCACUGUUUGUGCUGGUGCAGGUGCAUGGUCAUCACUCUUUUCAUUACUUCUGGAUUAUAAUCUUUUAAAGCUUAAAGUAUAAAAAAAUGAAACACUCUU